AUGGAACCAACAGGAAAUAAUGGAGUGAAGGAAAUAAUCUUCGAAUAUGGAAAAACAGCACAAACAUUUUGCUUUCAUCAAGAUCUGGAGUACCAAUACCUUGUUCAAGAUGUGAAAGUAUAUUUUGGAAUUGAUAUGGCUAAAACAAUUGUGCUGAUGAAUGUCAAUCUCGGUGAAGUUAUUCGACCAUUACGCUUUGGUGAUUUACUUGCGUGUACAAGUGAAGCUAUUCCAAAAUACAAAGUUAUCGCUGAAGGUAAAAAAGCUAUAAACAUGCAUGCAACAAUAGAAAGAUGUUCUCUUGGUCUUUUUGCCCAUAAAUUGCGUAAUGAAAUAAUAUCUGAGUCUUAG